GCUUGGUUUAUUUGGAGAACGAAGACGAAGACGAAGAAGACGAAGAAGAAACGUUCCGUUGGACUAAACGCGAGUUUAAACUGCGGCCUGAGAACGGAUUCAGUGGAUGGUUACGGAAACAAGUCCGAUAAACUCGGCUUUCGUUAACUCCAAUAACUCUGCUGAAGUCCAUUUUCGAGGCCUGGAUUCAGUCUGUGUUUUCUGCGUUCUGGAAAUCUCGCUGCUAACGGAAGUGCACACUCCGCUUGUCACAAUAAGAUGCUCUGAAACGUCCUCAGAAGUGAGUUCUGUGUUCUGCUGCUCAGUGAUGGAUCUCAUGGCCGUGAGCACGUCUGCGACGGGUCAGGAUGAGUUUGACCGCAACGCGCCGCGGAUCUGUGGAGUGUGUGGAGACAAGGCCACCGGCUUCCACUUCAACGCCAUGACCUGCGAGGGCUGCAAGGGCUUCUUCAGACGCAGUAUGAAGCGCAAGGCGAGCUUCACCUGCCCGUUUAAUGGGAACUGCAGCAUCACCAAAGACAGCCGGCGUCACUGCCAGGCCUGCCGUCUGAAGCGAUGCGUCGACAUCGGCAUGAUGAAGGAAUUCAUUCUGACAGACGAGGAGGUGCAGAGGAAGAAGGAUCUGAUCCUGAAGAGGAAGGAGGAGGAGGCGGCGCGGGAGGCACGGAAACCUCGUCUGAGCGAGGAGCAGAUGCAGAUCAUCAACACACUGGUGGAGGCGCAUCACAAGACCUACGAUGACUCCUACUCCGACUUCGUCCGAUUCAGGCCUCCGGUCCGUGAGGGUCCGGUCACCCGCAGCGCCAGUCGAGCCGCGUCUCUUCACUCUCUGUCUGACGCCUCGUCAGAUUCAUUCAACCAUUCACCAGAGUCUGUGGACACUAAGCUGAACUUCAGUAAUCUGCUGAUGAUGUAUCAGGACAGCGGCGGCAGUCCAGACUCCAGCGAGGAGGACAACUCACGCAUGUCCAUGUUACCGCACCUCGCCGACCUCGUCAGCUACAGCAUCCAGAAAGUCAUCGGAUUCGCCAAGAUGAUCCCUGGAUUCAGGGACCUGACGGCAGAAGAUCAGAUCGCUCUGCUCAAGUGCAGCGCUAUCGAGAUCAUCAUGCUGCGCUCCAAUCAGUCGUUCAGUCUGGAGGACAUGAGCUGGAGCUGCGGAGGACCGGACUUCAAAUACUGCGUCAAUGACGUCACCAAGGCGGGUCACACUCUGGAGCUGCUGGAGCCGCUGGUCAAGUUUCAAGUGGGUCUGAAGAAGCUGAACAUGACUGAAGAGGAACAUGUGCUGCUGAUGGCCAUCUGUCUGCUGUCGCCAGAUCGGCCCGGCGUUCAGGACCACGCUCGGAUCGAGGCGCUGCAGGACCGUUUGUGUGACGUCCUGCAGGCGUACAUCCGGGUCCAUCACCCCGGCGGCCGUCUGCUGUACGCCAAGAUGAUCCAGAAGCUGGCGGACCUGCGCAGCCUGAACGAGGAGCACUCCAAGCAGUACCGCUCGCUGUCCUUCCAGCCCGAGCACAGCAUGCAGCUGACGCCGCUGGUGCUGGAGGUGUUCGGCAGCGAGGUGUCCUAGCGACCCAGAGCCCCCCGGCAGCUCACGGGACACCGCUAGAGCCACGGGGGGCUGCAAGGUCUGGAUAACGUCUCAGGAUUCCCGCUUUUAAGCUACGGGGAAUUCCUGAAAGGAAUGUAUUAAUUAUGUAUGGAUAGAACGAUGCAUAUAAACUAAUAUUUAUAUUUAAGAGAGAGAGAGAGAGAUGGUUUGUAUUAAAUGAAAACGUAUGGCCAGGUGAUCCUCUGUUGUAAUAGGAUUAGCAGGCUCUUCUAGUUCAUGUGCGUAGAUGAGUGUGUGUGUGUGUGUGUGUGUGUGUGUGUGUGUGUGUGUGUGUACACAAGUUGACAAAAUUAAAUGCAAUUCGAAUUCACAAUGGUUCUGUUCCAAAAUCUAGUGAGCGCCCUAUGUAGGCAGCAUUUCAAGACAUCGUAUGUGACCCUGGAGCACAGUCAUAAGUAGCACGAGUAUAUUUGUAGCAAUAGCCAACAAUACA